GGCGGGCGGCGGCGGCGGCGUGGGCCGUGGGCCGUCAGGGCAGCCCUGAAGGGGCCCCCUCCCCACUCCGCUCGAGUAGAAGUGUGAGAGAGCCCAGCAGGACUCAGAGGGGAGAGUUGGAGGAAAAAAAAGGCAGAAAAGGGAAAGAAAGAGGAAGAGAGAGGGAGAGGGAGAGAGAGGGAGAGGCGCCGCCGAGCCCACCCCGAUGGCCGCGGACGAAGUUGCCGGAGGGGCGCGCAAAGCCACGAAAAGCAAACUUUUUGAGUUUCUGGUCCAUGGGGUGCGCCCCGGGAUGCCGUCUGGAGCCCGGAUGCCCCACCAGGGGGCGCCCAUGGGCCCCCCGGGCUCCCCUUACAUGGGCAGCCCCGCCGUGCGACCCGGCCUGGCCCCCGCGGGCAUGGAGCCCGCCCGCAAGCGAGCAGCGCCCCCGCCCGGGCAGAGCCAGGCCCCGAGCCAGGGCCAGCCGGUGCCCACCGCCCCCGCGCGGAGCCGCAGUGCCAAGAGGAGGAAGAUGGCUGACAAAAUCCUCCCUCAAAGGAUUCGGGAGCUGGUCCCCGAGUCCCAAGCUUACAUGGACCUCCUAGCAUUUGAGAGGAAACUGGAUCAAACCAUCAUGCGGAAGCGGGUGGACAUCCAGGAGGCCCUGAAGAGGCCCAUGAAGCAAAAGCGGAAGCUGCGGCUUUAUAUCUCCAAUACUUUUAACCCUGCGAAGCCUGAUGCUGAAGACUCUGAUGGCAGCAUUGCCUCCUGGGAGCUGCGGGUGGAGGGGAAACUCCUGGAUGAUGUACGUCCUGGCCCAGGUCUCUCCAGGUGUCCUGGGCCCAGCAAGCAGAAGCGGAAGUUCUCAUCCUUCUUCAAGAGUCUGGUUAUUGAGCUGGACAAGGACCUUUAUGGCCCAGACAACCACCUCGUUGAGUGGCACCGGACCCCUACCACCCAGGAGACGGACGGGUUCCAGGUGAAGAGGCCCGGCGACCUCAGUGUGCGCUGCACCCUGCUCCUCAUGCUGGACUACCAGCCUCCCCAGUUCAAACUGGACCCCCGCCUGGCCCGGCUGCUGGGGUUGCACACACAGAGCCGCUCGGCCAUCGUCCAGGCCCUGUGGCAGUAUGUGAAGACCAACAGGCUGCAGGACUCUCACGACAAGGAAUACAUCAAUGGGGACAAGUAUUUCCAGCAGAUUUUUGAUUGUCCCCGGCUGAAGUUUUCUGAGAUCCCCCAGCGCCUCACAGCCCUGCUGUUGCCCCCUGACCCGAUCGUCAUCAACCACGUCAUCAGUGUGGAUCCGUCAGAUCAGAAGAAGACGGCGUGCUAUGACAUCGAUGUGGAGGUGGAGGAGCCACUGAAAGGACAGAUGAGCAGCUUCCUCCUGUCCACAGCUAACCAGCAGGAGAUCAGUGCUCUGGACAGUAAGAUCCAUGAGACGAUUGAGUCCAUAAACCAGCUCAAGAUCCAGAGGGACUUCAUGCUAAGCUUCUCCAGAGACCCCAAGGGCUAUGUCCAAGACCUGCUCCGCUCCCAGAGCCGGGACCUCAAGGUGAUGACAGAUGUAGCGGGCAACCCUGAAGAGGAACGCCGGGCCGAGUUCUACCACCAGCCCUGGUCCCAGGAAGCAGUCAGCCGCUACUUUUACUGCAAGAUCCAGCAGCGCAGGCAGGAGCUGGAGCAGUCGCUGGUGGUGCGCAACACCUAGGAGCCUGGAUACCACUGUGGACCAGCCAGCCGCGCCCUGCUCCCCAGUGCUCGGGCCUCACGCCUCUGCUACCUUGGUGGGGUGGGGAGGACUGGAUUAAAGGUCAUUCA